AUGGGUCGCAAGAAGAAGUUCGUGGACAAGAAGAAUGCGGCGUCGUUCACGCUCAUGUACCGCGAGUCGAACGACCCCGACGCGCCUGGCGAGCGCGUCUUCGUGCGCACCGACGCCGGCAGCAACCACGUGCCGGGAUUCUCCGACGACUACCAGCCGCCAAUCCCGGAAAACGCGGAGGAUUAUAGCGGCGAGGAAUGGGAAGAGGAGGAGGAAGAGGAGGAGGGGGAGGAAGGGGAAAGGGAGGGGCGAAGCGUCGCCGGGAGCAGGAGGUCCCGAGCGCAAUCGCACGCCGUCGCACGCGCGACUGAUGGCGACGACGCGGCGUCUGUCGGAGGACGAUCGCGCGCGAGCACGAUGCGCGGUGGGGGGAGAGGGCGCGACUUAUGGGCGGGCCUGGGGUUGGGCGGGCCGCCAGGGUGGGAUGGCGGGAGCGUGAUGGGAGGAGGGAGCGUGGCCGGCGGGCAGGGCAAGAAAAAACUUUCCGAGAGCGCUCGGCGCGAAAUUAUCGAGUUAGGGUUACCCGACGACGGUUACGACUACACGCAGCACCUUCGGGUGAUCGGGCAGACGAGGACAUUCGCGUCGUUUGUUUCCGCCGAGGCUCCCCCCGCCGCACUGCCCGACGACGUCAAGAUCUACAAAGCCACGCGCCUUACCGUCCGGCCAGACACGUCAGCUGCCACCACAGCAGCCGCCGACGCGCCGGUUGCUGACCUGGAGGUCGUGGCUAAGAUCUCAUCCGUCAUCAAGGAGAUUCGGCCGAAGCGCGGAUUCGCCGCCGCCGCGCCGCCAGCCCGCGUAGCUCAAAGCGCAGCGGCGGCUUUCGCGGGAGCGCAAGCGGGGGAAGCCGCUGGCGGGGAGGGCAGCGCGAAUUAUCUGGGCGUCUCAGGGCUCGAUCCGGAGGUUUUAGCUCUGCUGGAAGGGGAUGGCGGAGAGGGGGAAGCGGGGGAAGGGGAGGAGGGGGAAGAGGCUUACGGGGAGCUAGAAGAUGACUUUGUGCUGCUGGCGACGGCAGGGGGGGAAGAGGAGGAGGAGGAAGAGGAGGCGGACGAGGCGGAAGAGGCGGAACAGGCGGAAGGUAGGGGGAACGAGGCAGCGGGGGAAGGGGAAGGUGGGAGGUUGGCGGAAGAAGAUGCGGGCGUGGGAGCGGUAGGGGACGUGGUCAUUGCGCCAGGAGCGGAAAGCCUUGCAAGCGGGGUUGAGGGUUUGGGGGUUAAAGGUGUUAAGGAUGCGGAGGCGCGGCGGCGGGAGGCGGCGGUGGGGGGGGAGGAGGCGCGGCGGAGGGCGGAAGAGGAGGCUAAGAGCCGCGCCCAGGCUGAGGAGAAUUUGAGAGCGCUGGAAGAGCAAGUGAUGCUGCUGGCUGAGCGGGAAUACGCGGAUGCUGACGUGGACGACUUCUCGGAUGAUGAGGACGGGGACCACCGGGGCGGCGGGGGGGCGGCUGGCCAUGCUGAUAUCUCCAUGUUCAGUAACGUGCUGGACGACUUUCUGGAAGCUUCCCGGCGGGAGAGCCUGCUUGAGCUGCGGAAGGGGGGCGCGGUUGUGCGGAUGGGGAAGGGGGAGGGCGGGGGGAAGGGGGAAAGCGGGGGAAAAGGGGAGGCCGGGGGAAAGGGGGAAAGCGAGAGGAAAAGGGAGAGUGGAGGAACAGAGGAGGUGUAUGAGAGGGAUAGGAAGGGUGAAGAGGAUGGACAGAAGGAAGAAAUUAUGGCUGUUCCUAUUGUCCCUGGUGAACCAGAGAGGGGUGGUAAGGGAGCGGACACGAAAAACGAGGAGCAGGAGGAAGAGGAGGAAGAGGAGGAGGAGGAGGAGGAGGAGGAAGAGGAGGAAUAUAUAUCGGAGGAGGAGGAGGAGAGGGAGAGGGGCAAGUGGGACUGCGAGUCGAUAGUGUCGACCUACUCUAACCUCGACAACCACCCUGCACGGAUCUCAGCUCCUGUGAAAACCCGCAGAAAGGGGAGCAGAGCGGGAGAGGCGGCGGCAGAAGGGGGGGGAGGUGUAGGGGGAGCUGGUGGGAGGAUUGGGGUGGAGGAGAUUAGACUGAAGGGGAAAGCGCAGCUGCCGGCUGGGUUUGUGCCGGGGAGAGUGGGAAGAGAGGGGAGGGACGGGGAGGAGGGGAGAGGGAGUGGCAAGGGGGGUGGGUUGGAGGGGAUUGGGGAGGAUGAGGAAGGGGCGGGGGCAGCAGGGGGUGUUGUGUUUGUGCGGCCGAGAGGGAAGGACAAGGAGACUCCCGAGGAAAAGAAAGCACGCAAGGAAGCAGUGAAGGCUCAGAAGCGGGCGGCGAGAGAGACCAAGAAGCAGACGAAAGAGAUGUACAAAGUGGAGGGCAAGAGGGCUCAAAGGGGGGCGGCUUCUACUGUAGCGCAGGGGAUACAUCUACUGUAG